CCCGGAGGCCGCGGACCGGCGCGCGGGCGGGGCGCUCGGGGCCGCGCGCCACGCCCCCUGCGGCCGCCUGUCCUGCGGAGGCACGCCCCCUCCCGCCUCUCCGCCCCGACCCCUUCGGGGGGCCCAGGCGGGGCCGAAACCUCCUCCAGCGCCGCCGCCAUCGUCCGCUCCGCGUCCCUAGCUCGGCGAAGGAGAGGCCUCGCGCCGGGACCCCUGUCGACUUCUGAGGUGCCAGGAUGGUGGGGGAACUGCGCUACAGGGAAUUCAGGGUGCCGCUGGGGCCGGGCUUGCACGCGUAUCCUGAUGAGCUGAUCCGCCAGCGAGUGGGCCAUGAUGGGCAUCCUGAGUACCAGAUCCGCUGGCUCAUCCUCCGGCGCGGGGAUGACGGCGAAGGGGGCUCUAACCAAGUAGACUGCAAAGCUGAGCACAUCCUGCUGUGGAUGUCCAAUGACGAGAUCUAUGCCAACUGCCACAAGAUGCUGGGCGAGGACGGCCAGGUUAUCGGGCCCUCCCAGGAGACAGCAGGGGAGGCUGGAGCCCUGGACAAGUCUGUGCUGGGGGAGAUGGAAACCGAUGUGAAGGCUCUGAUUCAGAGGGCCCUUCGGCAGCUGGAGGAAUGUGUGGGCACCAUCCCUCCCGCUCCUCUGCUUCACACUGUCCAUGUGCUUAGUGCCUAUGCCAGCAUUGAGCCCCUCACGGGGGUCUUCAAAGACCCCAGGGUGCUGGACUUGCUCAUGCACAUGCUCAGCAGUCCCGAUUAUCAAAUUCGCUGGAGCGCAGGCCGGAUGAUACAAGCCCUGGCCUCCCAUGAUGCUGGGACCCGGACCCAGAUCCUUCUGUCACUGAGCCAGCAGGAGGCCAUUGAGAAAUACUUGGAUUUUGACAGCCGCUGUGCUCUGCUGGCAUUGUUUGCACAGGCCACACUCUCUGAACACCCCAUGUCCUUUGAGGGCAUUCAGCUGCCACAGGUCCCCGGGAGGCUGCUCUUCUCCCUGGUGAAGCGCUAUUUGCACGUCACCUCCCUCUUGGAUCAGUUGAAUGACAGCACUGCGGAACCCGGAGUCCAGAACUCCACUCCCGAGGAGUUGAGUGGGGAGAGGGGUCGGCUGGAGCUGGAGUUCAGCAUGGCCAUGGGCACCCUGAUCUCGGAGCUGGUGCAGGCCAUGCGCUGGGACUGGACCUCAAGCAGACAGGGGCCCUCGGCACGGCCUUCCUGUUCCAUCUUCCAGCCCCAGCGGGCCGACGCAGGCCCGGGGCUCCCACCUGCCCAGGCCCUGCCCUCCCUCAGGAGGUCAAGGCGGUUUCGCCCUCGCUCUGAGUUUGCAAGCGGCAAUACCUAUGCCUUGUACGUGCGGGACACGCUGCAGCCGGGGAUGAGAGUGCGGAUGUUGGAUGAUUACGAGGAGAUCAGUGCUGGGGAUGAGGGCGAGUUCCGGCAGAGCAACAAUGGCGUGCCCCCUGUGCAGGUGUUGUGGGAGUCGACAGGCCGCACCUAUUGGGUACACUGGCACAUGCUGGAGAUCCUGGGCUUUGAGGAAGACAUUGAGGACGUGGUUGAGGCUGAUGAGUACCGGGGGGCAGCGGCCAGUGGAGCUGUGGGUAUAGCCCUGCCCUCCUGGCGGUGGAAGCCCAUGACAGAGCUCUACGCCGUGCCCUAUGUGCUGCCUGAGGAUGAGGACGCUGAGGAGAGUGAACACCUGAGUCAGGCCGAGUGGUGGGAGCUCCUCUUCUUCAUCAAGAAGCUGGAUGGACUUGACCAUCAGGAGGUCAUCCAGAUCCUCCAAGAGAACCUGGAUGGGGAGGUUCUGGAUGACGAGAUCCUGGCUGAGCUGGCCGUGCCCAUGGAGUUGGCCCAGGACCUGCUGCUGGCUCUGCCACAGCGACUCGAUGACAGCACUCUCAGGGAUCUGCUCAACUGCCGUGUCUACAGGAAAUACGGGCCCGAGGCCCUGGCAGGGCAGCCAGCCUACCCAUCCCUGCUGGAAGCCCAGGGCCAGCCUCAGGAGUCAGCAGGCGCAGCCAGCGUGGAAGCAAAAGAAGCCCCGACUCGGUGCUCCGACACUCCCCUGCAGCGUCUGCUGGAGGGUUGCGGUCCAGCUGGGAAAAUCUUCCUGGACCUGGAGCGAGCCCUCUGCUCAGAGGGGCCCCGGGAGAUCGAGGUCAAGCCACUCCUGCUGCAGUUGCAGCGGCAGCCCCAGCCCUUCCUCGCAGUGAUGCGGAGCCUCGACACUCCCGUGGCCAACAAGGCCCUGCACCUGGCCGUCCUGAGAAUCCUGACGCAGCUGGUGGACUUCCCCGAGGCACUGCCGCUCCCCUGGCAUGAGGCCAUGGACGCCUGUAUGGCCUGCCUGCGGUCCCCAGACACUGCCCGAGAGGUGCUCCAGGAGCUGAUCCUCUUCCUGCACCGCCUGGCCUCGGUGAGCAGGGACUAUGCGGUAGUGCUGAAUCAGCUGGGAGCCCGAGAUGCCAUCUCCAAGGCCCUGGAAAAGCACCUGGGAAAGCUGGAGCUGGCUCAGGAGCUGCGGGACAUGGUGUUCAAGUGUGAGAAGCAUGCCCACCUCUACCGGAAACUCACCACCAACAUCCUGGGAGGCUGUAUCCAGAUGGUGCUGGGCCAGAUCGAAGACCACAGGCGAACCCACCGCCCCAUCAACAUCCCCUUCUUUGACGUGUUCCUCAGAUACCUGUGCCAGGGCUCCAGCGUGGAGGUGAGGGAGGACAAGUGCUGGGAGAAGGUGGAGGUGUCCUCCAACCCACACCGGGCCAGCAAGCUGACGGACCGCAACCCCAAGACCUACUGGGAGUCCAACGGCAGCGCCGGCUCCCACCGCAUCACCCUACACAUGCACCAGGGCAUCCUUGUCAGGCAGCUGGCUCUGCUGGUGGCUGGCGAAGACUCAAGCUACAUGCCGGCCAGGGUGGUGGUGUUCGGGGGUGACAGUGCCUCCUCCCUUAACACAGAACUCAACGCGGUGAACGUGAUGCCCUCCGCCAGCCGGGUGGUCCUCCUGGAGAACCUGAACCGCUUCUGGCCCGUCAUCCAGAUCCGCGUAAAGCGCUGCCAGCAGGGCGGCAUCGACACGCGCAUUCGGGGGUUGGAGGUCCUGGGCCCCAAGCCCACGUUCUGGCCGGUGUUCCGGGAGCAGCUGUGUCGCCACACACGCCUCUUCUACAUGGUCCGGGCUCAGGCUUGGAGCCAGGACAUCUCAGAGGACCGCAGGAGCCUCCUGCACCUGAGCUCCAGACUCAACGGGGCUCUACGCCAGGAACAGAAUUUUGCCGAUCGCUUCCUCCCAGACCAUGAAGCCGCCCGAGCACUGGGCAAGACCUGCUGGGAGGCCCUGGUCAGCCCCCUGGUGCAGAACAUCACCUCCCCUGAUGAGGAUGGUGUCAGCCCCCUGGGCUGGCUGCUGGACCAGUACCUGGAGUGUCGGGAGGCUGCCCACAACCCCCAGAGCCGCGCAGCCGCUUUCUCCUCGCGGGUGCGCCGCCUCACCCACCUGCUGGUGCACGUGGAGCCCUGCGAGGCGCCCCCUCCAGUGGUGGCCGCUCCUCGGGCCCGUGAGUGCUGGGGGCUCAGGCGGGAGUUCGGUUGGGGGCCUUCCUUCCCCCAACUCACAGACUACAGGCCUCUGUCCCCCCUCGCCCUCCCCUCCCUGCACGCCCCGCGUGCAUGUUCAUCUUCUGGUUUGUGUCACCCGCGCCCGGGAGCAUCGUUUUGGGCGGCGGCAUGUCAGGAAAGGCCCGCGGCUCGCCCAGGAGCUGAGGGCUGCCUGUGCCUUGCCUUGGUCCCUUCCGCUGUCUCCACAGGGGGCAGAAACAGAAGCCAUGACUGGAGCUCCCUGGCCACCCGGGGGCUUCCCAGCAGCAUCAUGAGAAACUUGACCCGCUGCUGGCGGGCGGUGGUGGAGGAGCAGGUGAGCAGUUUUCUGACCUCACGCUGGCGGGAUGAGGAUUUUGUGCCCCGCUACUGCGAACAUUUCAGUAAUCUGCAGAAGUCCAGCUCCGAGCUGUUUGGGCCACGGGCGGCCUUCUUGCUAGCGCUGCAGAACGGCUGUGCCAAUGCCCUGCUGAAGCUCCCUUUCCUCAGAGCUGCCCACGUAAGCGAGCAGUUUGCCCGGCACAUCGACCAGCGGAUCCAGGGCAGCCGGAUCGGUGGGGCCCGGGGGAUGGAGAUGCUGGCUCAGCUGCAGCGGUGCCUGGAAACUGUCCUGAUCUUCUCUGGCCUGGAGAUAGCCACCACUUUCGAGCAUUACUACCAGCACUACAUGGCAGACCGCCUCCUGGGCAUGGGCUCGAGCUGGCUGGAGGGGGCCGUGCUGGAGCAGAUCGGCCCCUGCUUCCCCAACCGCCUCCCCCAGCAGAUGUUGCGGAGCCUGAGCACCUCGGAGGAGCUGCAGCACCAGUUCCACGUGUACCAGCUGCAGCGGCUCGAUCAGGAACUCCUGAAGCUGGAGGACUCAGAGAAGAAGAUUCAGGUGAGCCGCGAGGCCAGCGGCAGGGGCCGCGAGAGAGGGACUGGAGAGGGAGCUGCGCUGGAAGCUGGGGCAGCAGUGGCGGCCGGCGUGGCAGGGGAGGAGGCGGAGGAGGAGGACGAGAACGAGGACCUGUACUAUGAAGGGGCGAUGCCAGAAGUGUCUGUGCUUGUCCUGUCACCACGCUGCUGGCCCACCGCCUCCAUCUGCCACACGCUCAACCCCAGAACCUGCCUGCCGGCCUAUCUGAGGGGCACCUUGAACCGAUACUCCAACUUCUACAACAAGAGGGAGAGCUACCCGGCCCUAGAGCGGGCCCCGCAGCAGCGACUGCAGUGGACGUGGCUGGGCCGGGCUGAGCUGCAGUUCGGGGACCAGACGCUGCAUGUGUCCACCGUGCAGAUGUGGCUGCUGCUGCAUCUCAACGAGCAGAAGGCUGUCUCCAUGGAGCGUCUGCUGGAGCUCUCAGGGCUCUCCCCGGACAUGCUGAAUCAGGCGAUUGGGCCUCUUACUUCUUCGAGGGGCCCCCUGGACCUUCAUGAGACAAAGGAUGCCCCAGGAGGGGUGCUCAAGAUUCGAGAUGACAGCGAGGAACCCAGGCCUCGGAGGGGCCACGUGUGGCUUGUCCCAGCACAGACAUACCUGAAAGCUGAGGACGAAGAGGGCCGGGACUUGGAGAAGAGGCGAAACCUUCUCAACUGCCUUAUCGUCCGAGUCCUCAAGGCCCGUGGGGACGAGGGGCUGCACAUUGACCAGCUUGUCUGCCUGGUGCUGGAGGCUUGGCAGAAGGGCCCGUGUCCUCCCAGGGGCUUGGUCAGCAGUCUUGGCAGGGGGUCCACCUGUGGCAGUGCCGACGUCCUCUCCUGCAUCCUGCACCUCCUGGGCAAGGGCACAGUGAGACGCCAGGAUGACCGGCCCCAGAUGCUGUCCUAUGCGGUCCCGGUGACUGUGAUGGAACCUCACACCGAGUCCCUGAACCCAGGCUCCUCGGGCCCCAACCCUCCCCUCACCUUCCACACCCUGCAGAUUCGCUCCCGGGGCGUGCCCUAUGCCUCCUGCACCAGCACCCAGAGCUUCUCUACCUUCCGGUAGCCCUGGAGACGGGCUCAGGGCUAGAUAGGGCCGGGGGCUUUCUAGAGAAUAAAGUGCAGAAGUCUGAUUACUUGGCGUGUGUGGUGACUGCUAGGGAUCUGACUGGGGCAGGGGCUUCCCUGGAUGAAAGGGGAGGAGCCCUCCGCUCUGAGGCGGUCUCAUUCCGUGCGGGGAGUCACUCUUCCAGGAGUCCCUCUUCGGGUGAGGAUGGCAGGCUGGGGAGAAGGGUAGAGGGAGUUGGGGGAGACUGAGCAUCCCCCUCUCAGCCGGGGGGUUAAGUGGACUCUGGGGAUGGGCCUUUUCAGGAGGUAUGUGGUCAGAAGUGCUUUCACCUGGCAGGCUGGAGAUUCAAGCCUAUCUUGCCACAAGCUGGAUGGUUUGCAACUUCAGCAGGGUCUGUUUUCCUUGUCUGUGGAAUUGGACCAGUCACUGUGGGACUCUGACAAGUACCAGGUGUGGGAGCAUCUGACAUGGUGAAGACUUUGCCACAAAAGAAGUCCCUCGGGCUUCCUAGGUAGCGCAGUGGUUCAGAAUCCGCCCGCUAAUGCAGGGGACACGAGUUCAAGCCCUGGUCUGGGAAGAUCCCACAUCUGGAGCAACUAAGCCCGUGCGCCGCAGCUACUGAGGCUGCGCUCUAGAGCCUGUGAACCACAACUACUGAAGAUCGUGUGCCUAGAGCCCGUGCUCUGCAACAAGAGGAGCCACCACAAUAAGAAGCCUGCACGCUGCAAUGAAGAAUAGCCCCUGCUCUCCACAACUACAGAAAGCCCAUGCUCCGCAACAAAGACCCAACA